AUGACAUCACCUAGCAUCCAAAGAAUCCCUUACUCCGCUCCGCGAGACGAGUUUAUCAAUGCGUUGAAGAAGGAUGGUUGUGUUAUCGUUCAAGACUUCACAACGCUAGAAACCCUAGAACAGGCACGUCAAGAGGUUGAGCCAUGGCUAGCCCAGGAAGACAAGCGGAGCAAAGUUGGUGCGCUUAAUGGAGGAACAAGAACCUGCACCCGUCUCGUCGGACGUAGCCAGACUGUCCGUGAGAAAUUCUUCUCCGACCCCCUAUACCAGGACAUGGCUGAGCAGUUCCUCGUAAUCGAGACAACAAACUGGUACAACGAAGAGCCCUCCACAAGCACCACUCAUCCCCUUCUGUCCAUCUCCAUCACUAUGGACAUUCACCCCGGGGCCAAGGCGCAGAAGCUUCACCGAGAUGACAAGAAUCAUCACGCUCGCCACGCCCCCGCUCAGGCUUACCACCAUAACCGAGACAUGCUGCUGGGUCUUUUCGUGCCAGGCUGCGAUACUACGCGUGCGAUCGGCGCCACUCGUGUCAUCCCAGGCAGCCAUCUCUGGGGCGACGAGAAGCCAGACUUCGGUCCGAACCUCGACAAGGGUGUCAUUGAUGCAGAGCUGAAGGCAGGUGAGGCAUUUCUCAUGCUCGGAAGUCUGUACCAUGGCGGUGGGGAGUUUUAUCAAACGACUGGGAACCGCAUGGUCCAUAUUAUGUUCAUGUGUAGUGGUGUUUAUCGCCAGGAGGAAAUUUCGUAUCUUUCUUAUCCGGUUGAAGAUGUCAGAACAUACUCGAAGCUGGUUCAGGAAUGUCUUGGUUGGAAGCAGUCGGAGCCGAAUCUAGGCUGGGUGGAUCUGGUAUCGCCGGAGGCUUUGUUGGUCUAG